AUGUCCGCCUCGUUCGAGGCCGCCCUCGGCGGACUGGAGCAGCGGCCCAACUACCCGACGGGACGGGCGCAUUUACUCGCCAACUACUCCCUGGCACCUGAAGGUUUUCAGCAGGCAGUUGGUGAUGGUGGUUUUGAUAACAGCCCCAUGACCACCACCAGCCGCAAGAGAAGGAGUAGUUCUUGUGACAAUUCAAUUGCCACUAGUCCUGGGAAGAAAAGCAAGAGCCCAGUGGUCAAGCUCAUGAGGGGGCUGAUGACUUCUUUCUCCAUUGAUAGUGAAAAGUCCUCUCAGCCCAUGACUGCAUUAGAUGAUAGUGAUGAGGCCAGCUCUGAGGAUGACAGUGAUGAUGAUGACCUUGUUGCACUGAUGAUGCUCCAACAACAGAAGAAGCGAAGAGUUGUUAUGCUGGCCAACAUGAUUGGUAACCCUAUCCAUCCCCAUCCCCAGGACCGCACGCGAGAUGGCGGCGGCCACCCCGCGCGCGACCGCCCCAUCCUCCGCGGGCGACGGCGGCGGCCACCCUGCGCGCGUCCGCCCCGGCCUCCGCGCGCGAAUGCGGCGCUCCGCCAGCCGCGCGUCCGCCCCGGCCUCCGCGCGCGAAGGCGGCGCCCCGCCGGUAGUGCGUUCGCGCCAUCCUCCGGGCGCGACGGCGGCGCUCCACCGGCAGCGCGUCCGCCAUCCUCCGGCCCACCUCCCGCGCGCGACGGCGGCGCUCCACCGGCAGCGCGUCCGCCAUCCUCCGGCGCUUCGCUCGCCGCGCGUCCGGCCGUGGAUGCCGUCGCCGCCCGGCUCGCGCGCGCUGAGCCGCCGCUGCGCGCGGAGGCCGUGCACUACCUCCUCCGCGACCCGGCCGCGCACCCGAGCCCCGCCGUGCUGGAGCUCGCGGCCUACAGCCGGCGCCGGUCCCUCGCCGCGGGCUGA